GUAUGGUUCAAUAUGAUCUUUUGGGGCUUCUGAGUUCGCUACUUCCACCAUGGCCAUCCUCUUUGGUUAUUUUCUUAUUGUUCUUCCCCGCUUUAUAACUCGUAUCAACGGCCCAUGUCGCUCCUCAGCUUCGUCCAAGAGUCGACGGCAGUGGCGUUUUGUGUGCUUCCAAGUCUCUUGACUGUGAGAGAGACCGCGACGCCAGUGUGAGAAGCUUCAAUGAUCACCUUGACGACCCAUGCAUCCCUUUGGCUUUCCCUUCCUUUUAUCCCUUGCCCCACGCUUUUACUCCACCAGCGCGAUAGAAUUGCACAAUUAGCCCGCAAUUGUUUGGCCAUUUGGCGUCAACUCACGAGCCUUCAUAUCAAUCUACGAAGGAAUGAAAGGCCUACCGUAGGAACCAGGGGCUUUGACAGAAUGUUCACAUACGCACAAAAAGCAAAAACGAGACUAAUUGAAAUGGAGUUGACAGAUUUGACUCAGAAGAGUGCCGAAAAGACGAUCACUGAUCAUCCUAUACAAGCGGACCAGGAUCAUAUUUUGAUCAGGUUUAAUCCUUGUUCAGCGACACGGAAUUCCAGCACCCCCGGCGAGCAAGAGUUAAGCCCGUCCCGGGCUUCGCUGACGAUUGCACGCCUAGUCUGCCUGGCGCAUCCUCACCUUGGGUAUCGACUGAAGUGGUGGUCGAUAAAGUUGAAUCGUUGACGCGAAUACGGUCGAUUGAUGUGUGUGGUGGUCUGUUGAUUCAAAAGCUUUUGCUCUUUUGGUGACUGAUCAUCGGGACAAGAUUGUUGGAGGCUAAGCUGAACAGCGAGCUCCAUCGCAAUUUCGCUCCGCGGUGAUCUGAAAGAUUGAAAUUUCAGCGGUCCGCUUCCGAAGAUCUCUCUUUCAAGCUUGCUUUUUAAGGUGAGUUGUGUAUGGUUCUGAUCUGUUUCUGUAUCAACCCUGGUCUGCCGGCUGCAACAUCCUGUUCUCGCAUGCUGUAUGAACUUUGGGGGUCUGUCCUACUAAGAAAUAUGCCCCCCAACGAGUAGUUAGGAAUUCACAAAGGAGAGAACAAAUGGAGACGGGAAGACGGGAGCGGACCCAGUACGGUUAGGACCGCACCUUUCUGGGAUGGGACCCUCUUUUUAUC